GAAACUUCAGAGGAAAUAUUAUUUUGAAAAGUUAUCUCUGAAGUUACACCCAGGACUUCCCAUGCUUCUUUCGAAGAAAUGAACAACGGCAGUUCUGGAGUAUAAUACAGAUCACAUUGAUUUUUUUUUUUUUUUCAUCUGGGCAACAGCUACACAUGCCCCGCAUGAGGAGAUGCUGAGUUUGCUGUGACCACAGGCAGGUGAAUUUUGUGUUGGGUUGGUGGAGUGAAACAACUCAAAGCCGGGCUGAGUGAGGAUUAGAGCUGGCUUGACACAAGGAGGAAGUAAGAGCUCCCAUCUCCUAACUUAUGAGGAAGGAAAGAAAUACCGAUGUAUGUAACUUUAAAGACAACAAUGUCACUUGUUUUGCAAAUCCAGAUAUACUGUGUGAAAAAUCUCGCACAAAGGCAGAUAAAAUCUUAAAAGUUGGGAAACAGGUAAAGGACAAGGUGCUUGCAGAGACAAGCGUGGAAGUUGUGGGCUAUGGGAUGAGUCCUGCACAGUGGAGAAGAUGAGCCACCGAGGGAGGAAGUGAGGACAGUGACGGGGACUGCUCCUACCUCAGUGCUGCUCCUGGACAGGGUCUCUACCUUUCACUCCUUUCCUGCCCUAGACACCUGCAUAGCUCUGCUUGGAGCUGCUGGAUGGGAACACCUUAGUUUCAUCUUCCCUGAAAGGGUUGUCCAUUCACUGUGGCCCUUGGUGUGAAGGUUGUGGACCCACAAGGACAUGCCUCUUUGCAGAACCCAUUGGGACCAUGGAAGGAAAAGAGGCUUCACAGAGUCAUCACUCAGAGGAGAGCAGUAUGUUGGACCUACCCUCUGCUUGUGACCUAGCAGAGAAUUUUCUGCCUCCCCACAGCGCAGAAAACAGUGAGGAGCCUUGCUUUUCUGUGGAUACGCUUCCCUCUCCAUCCACAGGAGAGAGCGAGCUACCAUCUGCAGUUCCUGGGGGCUGUUCUGCUAGAGGUGCUGAGAAAGCAAAUCUAAAAGCUGGGCUGUGUGAGCCUGCUGAGCCUAGCAACGCUGCACUAUCAUGGAUGUAUGAACAUGACAGCGCUGAAGAUUCCAGUGUCGGGAAAUCUCUUGACAGCUUCUAUGAGACGUACUGUGAAACACAGCUGGGCAGAAGGGAUCCCACAUGUGAGGCUGGGUCACGCUGUCUGUCGCAGAAGAUUUCAGAGCUAGCAAACCGAGAGGGAACAAAAUAUGCCUUGCGUUGCCUGCAGAUGGCCCAGGUGGUCUUGAACAGAGAUGGGUGUAAGAUUUUUCCAAACCACCCCACCACUGCUUGUUUCUCAAAGCCAACUGAGGGAGAAGUGAUGGAAGAACAAAUGAGAACACCUGGACUCUCAGAUGAUGUCCUGCAACUCCUCUUGAAGCAAACACGGAUGGGGCAUGGCCCUUGAUGUCUUGCAUGAGACAUGAACAAGAGGCUGCUUGGCUUCUGCCAUCAGCUGUAAAGGCUCUGCCUCUGUGUGGAUGGCUGAGCUGUGCAAGUUUGCUCAUGGACCUGGGAUCCUGCAGUAUGUAGCACUGCUGGCCUGGCAGUGCUUACUCCUGGCUUGCACCUGAGAGCAAAAUGGGUCUGUGUGGUUGGGUGCCAGCAAGGAGGUGGCUAACGUGUUUUCUGACAAUGCUUCUUUAGAAGUGUCUGUGCAAAUGUAUCAACCUAAACAACAGAGGUCAUAAAGACUGAUUGUGAUCUGGGUGAGCUUUUGGGGCAGAAAAAGUGUGUGGGAGAGAAAUACUGCUUCUGAGUAGGGUUGUUUUUUCUAGCAGAGGAAAGAAAAAGCCCUGUUGCCUUAGUGAUGUUUCUAAUGCUUCACAUGUGCCAGUUGAGUAGAGGUGUGAAUUUUUUUCUUGUCUAUAUGAGCUGGCAAAAGAGCAGCCUAAAAUAAAACAGCUUCCCAAAGUGCCCUGCUGCAGUGUUUGCAGGGAAGCUGCGGUGCUAGAGCCUGCUGCCCUGUUAGCUGACUGCUGGGAGACGUAGAGCACCUGGGAAAAACAGAGCUAAAAAAUAUCUCAGCAACCAAACCACCAGCUUGAGAAUGCUUCAGUGCUGAUUUUUCCAGCACUCUCCCUGCCCAUUAGCCCCUGCUGGUUUCACCUACUGCAAGAUCUGCCCCAGAGCUCUAAAAGAGGGAGCCAAUGUUCAGUGCUGACAAGCAUAAGACUAUGCAAGACUUGAUUGCUUUCCUGGUGUGUUGAUGGAUGAGGGGAAAUGUCAUCACAGAUGUCUGAACCACAGGCUGCCCUGGGGAUGACUUCUUUCUGAUAUGGGUCACUGGAGUUAGCUGCUUACAGCAAAUGUUUCCUUUAUCUAACAAGCUCUGCUGCUGCAGAUCCCCAGUUCUUGCUCUGGUGUUAGCUGGCAAGAUCACCGUUGGCAUCAGUGAGCCCAACACAUGGGUUUCCAGGCUUGGCUUGUGGUGACAGUGUCACCUGCCUGAUGCUGAGGGGUGACCCAAAUAGCUAGUUCCCGGCUGCUGGCUUUGGUCACUGUCAGCUGUGAUGUUUACAGUGCUCCAGGUGUUCUCCUGAGAGGGGGUUAUCAACUAUUAGAGCUACUAUUGAUUAAUUUGCAGUUGAUCUUAUAUUUCUGUUCUUGAAUGAUGUUUCAAACUCUUAGAGACACUUGGGUGGGAAAAGAUAGUUGCAUGGGUCUUGACCCAGGUUGCCAGGCCCAUUGCUUUGAUGUAGUUCUUGCUUAGCUUCACAGAAUGCUGAAGCCUCUGGAUUGAACUGUUCUCUGGAGGGCUUGCAAGUCAAAAGGUUUUUGUCUUCUCCGAACUUAUUGUUAGGUUUUCAUGAAAAUUUGGAACCUAAUUGUUUUAUUAUGUUUUCAUAAUGUAGGUAUGUAAAGAAACAGAAUAGAGCUGAGCUGGAUGGGAUUUUCUGGAGCCUAAUCCAUCGACUUUAAUGCUAACAAAACAAGUUCAAUGUUUAGGGGAGUCUGACAAUCUUGCCAGAUGCCUUACUGUGGUGUUGAGUCUAAGUAUGUCUGAGUUAAAAUACCUAAUCAUUCCUACCAUAAAAUGAACUGCUCUGUAUCUGGAGAAACCACUUAAUUUUAGGAGGUGUUUCAUUGGGAUUUUAUAGCUCAAUUGCUUCUAUUAAGUUAAACAGGACUGCUUCAUGGAGAAUAAACACCCAUUACUCCUUUUCACACUUGCUGCUAAUUAAUUUUUUACAAACCUGUGCUGGAACCUGCUGCAUGUAUUUCCAAGACUGCUGAAAGCCAAAUCAUUUGCAUUACUCAUUUCCUGAUAAAUGUCUCCUUAGUUUUCUCCAAGACAGAACUGAAUGCACCACUCUCCUGUCAGGUGUUCCAGGCUAAAACCCCCCGGUCCCUUGGAACAUGUUUCAUUUUGAAGUGCAGUGUUUGGUGUUUUAUGAUGCUGCACAGAAGACAUUGUAAUAUUGAAUUAUUGCUGCUAAGCAAUAGCACAGGUGGUCCAACAUGUCUGUCUGUGUUCAUUCUGUGCAAAGUUGGGUUUUUACAGCCUAAGUAAAAGGGAAUCUUUUGGGACAGUUACAUUUAAGACUAGUCUUCUGAAUCCACAAAACCACUAUUUCACAGCCUACUUCCUUGCAAGAAGGGGGCGAAGAGGAGCCUUUAGGAAAGGCAGAAGCAACUAUCCAAGGAGGGAUCAGCUUCAAAUGUGUAGGGCUGCCAGGACGUGCUUCUCUGUACCAAUCCCUCCUCUUGCAGAGCAGGAUGGCUGGAGACAGCCCUGAGACAUCUUCUACUGCUGUCCUGGACCCCUUCCCCACCAGGUUCAAGCUCUGCCUGGCAGCUCCUGUCCUGUAGCCAACUACCCCAGCACCCUUCUGCCAGCCUCCACUCUCUCUCUCUGCCUUUGGUGCUGAUAAGAUCUCUGGGGGAGGUUUUGCUUCAAAGUGAAAUGGAUCUUGUCUUUGAGCCCUGAGAACUUGAUGUCAGUGAGCAAAGGAGCAGCAAGCCCAUGCACAACCACUUGGAGGCAUCCUGGCCCCUUUGCUGUUUUACUCCUGUUGCCAGAUGAUGACUGUCUUCAUGGCUGCUUUCACCUGCUGGUGCAUCCCCUGCAGGGGUGGCUUUCUGCAGUGAUGCCACCUGCUAAGUGGGGAGGCCUCUGUGCCCUUUGUUCUCUGAUGCAGAUAUGGUCAAGGAAGCCUGGAGAGCAAGAGGGAAGUGACGUGUAGGAGGGGACAGCAUUUGGGCAAAGAGGAAAAGAGAUGGGAUCUUGCAGGUCAACAUCUAGAUGCCUUGCUACUGCAAGUACUCCAGUACAGCUGUGCUGUUCUCUCCAGUUGGAGUGUCUGAGUGUCAGUGCCUUUGAGACAGCUGUUAUCCUGCCAGCUCAGCUGCUGUGACCUCCCAUCCAUUCCCUCUCUGUGCUGGCUGGAUCCUAGUGCAGGUACCUGAGCCUUGUGCCCAUCACUCUCAGCUGUGGCUUCACAUGAGGGUGUUAUUCCUGCUUGUCUGGCACAGCUGCUCUGCUCUACAGGCCUUCCUCACAAAGGCAGUAGAAAUUAGGCUGUUGACUUAAACUGGAGCAGAAGGAAGGCCCCUCUGGCUCAGCUGGCUGCAAAAUAGGGCAGAGAUGUUUGAGCUUGGUGCGGCCUCUCUUUGCAUAUAGGUUUAUCAGGUAUACUGGGGCUGUCUGGGUUAGGGUUACUGUCCUUAAGUCGUCAUGAAGCUGAUGCAUGGCUUCUCCAUGGUUCUGGCUGAUGUGUUGGUUUGCCUGCAUCGUGACCACCCCAGCUCUGUCACAGCUAUGAGAGCACUAAUGCUGACAGAUGUAGGGAGCUAUUGCCAAAGAAGGUGCUCAACACAAAUUGGAUGUUGUUGCAUGUAAUUUUUCUCCAGCGCUGAUGUCAGUGCCUCAAAUGCUGCCUCCUAAUCCUUUUGUAGGCUUUUAUGGCAGUGUUAACUCACCUGGAAGCUGAAGGCACCCACAGGAGGAGCGAGGUGGCCCUUGCCACUUCUUGGGUGCCAGCUCGCUGGGCUGCAGGCUCAGCUCUUCCACUGUGUGUGCUGGGCAAACUGCUAAGCAAGGAAACAAACUCGCCCGUGGACCUGGCUAGAAAAGAGCCAGCAUCUGGUACCUCUGACUUUGCUGCUGUUUGAGAAAGUUGGAGACCUAGCCUGUGCUUAGGCUAGUAAUAGAAAAUAAACCCUUUGGUUCCUCUAACAUCUCAGAUUUCUGAUCAGACAUUUACAGUCCAGCAAAAGAAAAGGGAUAAGAGGCCCUGUUACCCUUCCUGUCUUUAGGAAAUGAGAUGCAAAGACAGGAGAGAGACAAGGUGGAUGCUGAAAGAGCCUGAAGACGGAUACUGGCAGGGGAGAGCAUGAAAUGCUUCUGUUCUGAAGAGCGACGUAGGCAGAACAGCCGGGAUGCAGCUGAAAUAUAGGGAUUAUGACUCACAGCUACAAGUCUUGGCUGGUGUUUGGCAGAGGGCUCAG